CUGCUCUACAUCCUCCAUCAUAGCUACCAAACAAACACAGAUCCUUAUCACCCGUUGCUAGGUAGGUUGCCAGACUCUGCCAUCAUAGAAUGGACAAGAUAUCCUAGCUAUAACAAAAGACCUACUCCAAUCGACAACGCAACAAAUUCAAGUUACUCUACCUACCCACCCCCUAUUAUAUUUUCUCCACUGCACCCCAGCUAACCUAACCUACCCCAACUAAACAGGAAAACAGGAAAUCUUUUUGAUAAACAAUAACCAACCAAUCAACUGAGCACAGAAUAAAACAAGGCGUGUAGACUAAACAUGAAACAAGUACUAGACCUAACAGCAACAACAGCGAAUUUCCAAAGCUCAUAGACACUACACCUCGCUCCCAACACUCCUUAAACUCUACUACAAACCCUAUCUAGUAACAAAAUAGCGCUGCUGGAAAUAAAAAAUGUGUGACUCAUACCCUAUCUCUACAAACAAACAACUACACACACAAAACAGAAUAUCGCACAGUUGUUUAUCCCCCUACACCCGUUGUUGUUUGAGCGCGAGGAGGGUAUAUCUAGCUAGUUAGCUAGCAUGAUCCCUUCUCGCCCAUUUGUUGUGAUAGUAGAGUGUGUUAGGCAGGGAUGAACCCAGUAAACUAGAUGAUUACUUGUUAUGUUUUGGAGCGACGCACAACGAUUAAUCUGAAAGCAUUAGCAGUUGUAUAUUUGUUCAUCCAUCUGUUUGUAUUGUUUAGUAGAGAUGAAAAUCUGCUGUGUGGUAUUAUAAAGUCUAUGGUUGGGGAUGACUGA